UGCGAUUUGGGACACACCUCAGGACUCCUUAAACAUGUCUUACUUCUUCUUCUUCUUCUUCAUACUUCUCUCCAUGCUCUCCUCCUAUGGUUGUUCGGCAUCACCAUCACAUCCAUCAUCAGUGAGUAUUUCUUAUCUAUAGUGUCUGAUAGAAAGUCUGCAUUCACUGUUGGCACAUACUGCAUCUUGGCUCUCUCUCUCACUCCGGUCUGUUCUCCAAAGACGGUGGGGUACUGGCUGAUUGCAUCAUGAAGAAGUGCCACAGAUAUUGUAUUUAACACAACAGGAGCGGGGAGCAACAGAAGCGCACAAUCAUAAAGGUAAUGAGUAAUUAGGAGCGCCGCGGGGAAGCUAACAUGCAGAAAUUGCCCUUUUUGUGUUUUCACUGCAACCCUUCGGGGAAGAAAUACGGACGCAUGUGACGUCGAAUUAGUAAGUUAAGCGUGGGCGUGUGUUUGUUAUGCAGACGCAGGAGGAGGGUUCGCUUCCUCCUGCAGUCGGCCUGUAACCUGAUCAAAUCUGGAGGUAAAAAGCAGAUAUUCUCACAGUCGAGUCAGCAUGAUCUCAUCCAGAUUCCUCUCAUGAGUCAUUUCCCACAUGCAUAAUUACUCUCUGCGAGGAUUUGUGUGAAUAUUCAUUUCUGAAUAUCCACACUGGAGCGUUUAAGACUGUUUAUCUGCCUGCACAUCGAGAUGAUACCACAAACGGGCUCGUUUCAGGUGAACUAAAGCGGCGUUCGGAGACGUUAUUUCACUCUGACACCCAGAAUGAAAAUGAUUCAACUCCAAAAGCUGUUUCUAAAAAUAGAACUCUGUGUCUGACGCUGAAAACGGAGCUUUGGAGUUUGAGUAAAGAUGUUUUCUGUCUGCAGACUCUGUCAUGCAGGCCUGUGCCUCACUCUGAUGGAAACUGGCGUCACAUGCAGAGCCGGCCCAAACCUCAAUGGGGCCCUAAAAAAAUAGAUUUUUGUGCCCUCUAUUUCUGAGAAUAAAAUUGAUUGUUGAUCACUCACACACCUUCACAAAUCUCUUCGAAUAGCAUUCCAUGGCAUGCAAACAUACCUUUAUCUUCUUCCUCUUUCUUUUCUCUGCUCUUUUUUUUCUCUGUCUUUUUUUGCGACAUUGUUUUGUCCCACAACUACCUUCUCUUUGGAUGCUCGGUGCAAAUUGCACAGAAAACGCACAGAAUGGUAACGGAGAUUUGACAUAUCGGCAGUAAGAAUCAUUUCUAGGCGCAGCCCGGGGGUAGAGGAGUGUCCAGUUCCGCAGGCAGAGGAUCGUGUCGCUGCUUUUGUGGAUGAUGUGGUUCUUCUAUCUUCGUCAUGCAGCGACCUUCAGCUCUUGUUGGGGCGGUUUGGGAUGCGAAUCAGCACCUCCAAGUCCGAGGCCACGGUCCUCAGUCAGAGAAAGGUAGAUUGCCUUCUCCAGGUCAGAGAGGAGGUCCUGCCUUAAGUGAAGGAGUUCAAGUAUCUCGGGAUCUUGUUCACGAGUGAGGGUAGGAUGGAGCGGGAGAUCAGCAGGCGGAUCGGACCCGGAUGAAGUGGAUGAAAACGAUGACGACAACCAUACGCAAAAACGAACACGAAAGAAUCACUGCUCACAUGUCUCUCUACUGACGCUAAUAGUUCCUUCCUGCCAAAAUUUCGGCCAAAUGUUGACGCCCCCUUUUCAGAUUUUGUAUGCCCUAUUGGCCACAGGGCCCUUCGCAGGCGCUCAGUUCGCCUAUGCUUUGGGCCGGCUCUGCUCACAUGUGUGCUGCAGAAAACUACAGUAACUUGGAAGCACAUGCUGACUUCAUGUGUGAUUCCUUGUGCCAUUUUUUGCAAAUGUAAUAAAGUCUGUCCAUGUUUUGACACAUGCUGACCUUCUGUAAAUCAGACUCUCAGUGACAGAUUAUAAUGUAAAUGUUAUUAUUGCUCUUAAGUGCUGAAAAUCGUCUCUCUCAUCACAGCUGUUCUUCCUAUUUUAGAUCUUCUAUUGCUCAUUUUUCUGUGAUGGUUUAUACUUUGUGUUUGCUGCACGACUUUCUGCCUUGUACGUAUCCAUAAACUUGCCUGAUCUGUUUCCCUUUGAGACGACAUGCGCUAUGAAAUGCAGAAUUACCUUGACAUAAAACUGAAUGGGAAAAUUAAUAACCUGCUCUUAAAAAUGACAAGUCCUCUCAGCUGCAGGUGGAGAAAUCCAGCUUUACCUCUCCUGGUGGGACUGAGGGUAAUAAAGCUGCACUACCUGGUGAUGUGAAAGUGAAUCAGGGUGCAUUUGAGACAAAACAGCCCAGCCUCCGCUCACCUUCCCUCAACAUUGACUUAUAACACGGCACAGACUGAACUCCGGUUCUUCAGGGACAAAUCAAAUGUUUGGAGUGGAGUGAACAAAUGCAUCCAAAUGCAACUGUUGGUCAAUAACUGUCUGCAAAACCAUGUUUAUCUGAAAAAGCUGGAUGUCUGUGCAGCUUGAUAUGCAGCUGCAGUGCCCUCCUGUGGCGACAGAGAGAACUGCAGUGGGCAGGUGAAGCACAUUUCAGCAACUGCAGUUUGUUUUGUCUCAUAGACCUUUAAAAGUGCCGUGUUGUCUGCACUUUGCGACAUGUGCACAAGGCGUGGUUACCAGAUAGCAAAGGAGGAAUUGUACGGCGAGGUGUGAACCGGUAUGAUAUCAGAGCGCAAAGGUUAGAGUGAUAACGCUCUGAGGCUGAGACCAAAGCUAGUGUAAACAGCUUUCCAAGAGCUCCACUUCCUUGAUAAAACAGAUUCAAUCCCUGAUAUUAAGAGUCAAGGGUGGAGUGGGAUGUUAGACUUUAAUACACCGAUCAGAAUGAAAGGGUUUCAGCACCUUCAGAGGUGAGAUGUCGAGCAUUAAGAACAUCCAAACACUUUACUGUACAGUAGGUGAUUGAAAUUCAGGCUUCUGCAGAUUUAAGAGACACAUUUCAGCAAAAAGGAGGAAUAAACUUGUUUUCUGGUCCUGAUCUAUGAGUUUGAUGCAGAUAAGAGCGUUAAAGAGGACUGCAGAUCAUAGUUCGGUGUAAUGUUUAAUGAGAAUUCAGAAGGUGAAAUCCAAUCCUCUCUUCUCUGUUAAAGCUCUUCUUAAUCAGUGAACACCUCACAUCAUGUUUUGGUUGAUUACGCACCCACACCCUCCACUCCAACCUCCUCCUCUCGCUCUCUCUCCUUGGUGUAUGGCGCCCCCUCCUGUUGCUGCUGGUAGCUUCUCAUGAUUUUAUCAAACCACCACUUGUUCUAACUCAAUAAAUUGCACAUUUAAAUAAGAAAAUGUUAAAUCCACACUAUUUAUUAUACCCAAAGAAAACCAGGGAGAAGUCGUCUGAAGUUUCUGUCUCCUUUACUUUGAGCUACACUCACAAAUAUUACACUUCACUGCAAAGUUGGACCUUUUCUGACUUAUUGUCAUUUAAAGAGGAGGAAUUUUGGCAUCAUGGACAACAUUAACAUCUUAUAAACACUAAAACUGCUUAAUAAUAAUAUUGGCAGCUGCUGCGGGAAAUCACACACCGGCUUUUCACCUCAGAUAAGGACGUACACUUGCCAGGAAAAGGAAUCAUGCUCAUGUUAUUUUCCUCCAGCUUCAAUUUUAAUCACCAUUCCCUUCUUCUAAAUGCAUAAAUAUCUUACUAAACAGCAUUAUGAAGUUGUAACUGUGGCUGUAGGGAACGAAAUGAUGACUGGACUUUGAAGAACUGUCUUGGUUUUGAGGCCUAACACUUGAAUUUCUGUUUAUUUGAACCUUUCAGAAAGUUUGUGCUGAGUUUACUCCGACCAAACCACAGCACUAACAGAUUAUGAUCAGUAAGAGGCCUCCUUUAGUUCUUUUAAUAAUGAAAGUAAAAAGUUAUCAGUUUAUAUUUAUCAUUCUUUUAAGAGCAGCAACAUACUUUUCAGAGAUAGGGGGGCAAAAGACAACAUGAACCUGAUGACCUUUAUUAAGUUUGGUGCAGAAUCAGUUCAUAUGGCAAUGAAAACCAAAGUUUGGUCACAUUAAAAUGAUUAUAUGUUGGCACAAGUAGGCCGAGUGUAUGUCUGUUUUUAAGAUGUAAGAAAAGCGGUAAAUAGAGAGUGAAAUAUAUAUGACAUAUGAUGAGUUUAGUCAAUGAAAUACAGCUUUUAAUGUUGUGACAUUUACAAAAAACGUUUCAUUAUUCAUCAAAAUACAAACAUGAAGGCACAUCAGUGAUACUUGGAGAAUAAAGUGUUGAAGCUUUUUAGAUUAACAAACAGAAGAGAAUGUGAGGGUCUGAUUCUAGGAUAGUAAAUAAGUCGAGUAAAGAAAACAGUUUUAGGGCUUUUUUGUAUAUUCUGAGUUUGUUUAUCCAUCCAUUGAAGUGAGACUUCAUCUUGAGGUACUUACAUGGUCUGUGUAUUAUCCGUCCAUUCAAUCUAGUAAACGAAAAACAAAAAAACGAGUCAAUACUUUGUUUAUUUGUUUUUCCAUAUAACCAAAAAGUAAAAGAUUUGUGUUUGUUUUUGUAUUUUUAGCUCAAAACAGAACAUAUAAUAGAGAUGGAAACUAAAAUAAAAUAACUUUUUGUUUUCGGGUUAUUGAUAUCACCAUUUCCUGCAACAAAGUCACCGACAACGUGGACCAGAAACUCCAGGCCAGAGCGGUAGAGAAAGGCUAACCUGUUGUCAUGGAGAUGGACGCAUCAUCCUACGUAUUAUUCAAAGCCGCCAGGAGGGUCGAAAAAAUGUAGAAAAAAUUACAACCAGAGCUCUGUUACGACGUAAGAUUUUGGCGCUCAAACUGCUCUGUAGCCUCCCUGCGCGUAUGCUCAAAACAGGCGCACUCAAAAUCAAUAAUUGUAAAUAAGAUUUAUUAUUUCGUAUAUAUUCUGUUUGAGCUGAAAAUUCAAAAACAAACACUUAUCUUUUAUUUUUUGGCUAUAUAGAAAAACAAAUAAAUAAAAUAUUGACUCCUUUUUUCGUUAACUAGAUAAUUAAUGAAUUAAUAAUUGAAUGGACAGAUAAUACAUAAACCUUACAUCUGUGAAUGAAAUGUUUUCCUAGUGUAAUUAAAAUGUUCAUUAUGAAGUUAUUUUCCUUGCCUUGGCACAAGAAGGCCGAGUGUAGUAGUUAAAAAACAUGCCUGUUUUUUAAAUAUUAGAAAAGCGGUAUGUAGUGUGUGAAAUAUAAAUGACGUAUGAUGAGUUUAGCCAAUAAAAUAUUACUUUUAACUUUUUGAAAUUUACAUUAAAUCAAGUUAAAACACUGGAAAAGUAUUAAAGUUUAACUAGAGAACUCCUUCUGCUUGCAACGUGAAUCCACGCAUGCGCAGAGUCACCUCUAUCUGCCAGGGCGUCUCUCUCUCUCUCUCUCACUCACACUCAUUGACGGUGUCUCUCUACCACUCUCUCUCUUUCUGGGAAAAACCCGAGCUGGAGGAGAGCAGCACACGGGGGGAGGGAGGCGGACUUCUUCUUCUUCUUCUUCUUCUUCCCCUUCUUCGGAUACAGCGGCGGCAGGAGGAUAUUUAAAAAAAAAAAAAAAAAAAAGAAAACAAAUAAGAAAAAAUAAAUCCACGCACCAAAAACCGCCCCCCUCCGGAGCGGAGCGGCAGAGGAAGGGGAAAAAAAGCACACGGAUGUGCCUCCGAAAGCGCAGCGGAUACCGCCCUCCGGACCUUAUUGAUGCCAAGAUUGUGAGUAUCUGAUCGGCUGCAUGAACGAGCUCGAACACGGGGAGGGGAGGGGAGCUGCUGCUGCUUUCAGUUUGAUCCCCCCCUCCCCGGUGUUCAGUCAGCGGCGGGGCUUUUCCUCGCUCCGCGGUGUUGAGGAGGAAAAGGUCGGUCUCCGUGAUUCCCUCCCUCCUUUCCCCUCCUCCCCUCCCACAUUUCCUUCUUUCCUUUCUUAGCCCCUUGAUCCCUCGUCAAGUCCGAGCAGCAGACCUGAGUAAAUGAGUAAAUAAGGAGAAAGAGAGGAGAAAAGCCCCUCCGUGUCUCCGUGUUUUUCUGAAUGACACCAGGAGGAGUUUUCCCGUGUAGCGCUCAGUCUGCUCCCUCUAAUAUCACACAGGACACGCUUCACACUGAACGGAUUACAGGACACAACUUUCUUUAUUUCGCUUUUCUUUUUAGUUUUGCUCGUAGUUAGCAUGCUGUGAGUUUGACGCUCAGCUUUUAGCCGUUACAAACCAACGUCAGUUCACGUCAGUUAACGUCUCAGCCGUUAAAAGUCAGAGAACAUUCUGGAGUUUGACCAAAAGGGAUGGACUGGUUCACUUUAAACACAAAGAAAUCUACUUUUAAAACAAAACUAAUUUUAAACUAGCAUUAAAAGUAAUUUCAUUUUUAGUUGUUUCUGUGUUCUGGUUUGCUGCAAAUGUAUCUAAAAAUUGGUAGAAAGCUACGCUAGCUAAAUUCAACUUUACCGGCUUACUUGCCAGUGAGCUAGCUGAAAAAGAAGCUAACCUGGUUAAGCUAGCUUGUCUGGUAAAUUCAGCUAGUUUCUUUAACUGAUUAACCACUCUGGCCGGUAUGACAGACAGCUGAAAGCGGACGAAAGUUACAAACUAAAGUCAGUUUACGUCUGGCUGAAAGCGCACUUAAGUUACGCUAGCUUGGCUACUUUAUUUGGCUAGUUUCUUUUGCUAAUUAGCCACUUUGUUUGGCCGGUCUGACAGACGCUGAGCUUUUAGCCAUUACAAACCAAUGUCAGUUAACGUCUGGCUAAAAGCACACUAAAGUUACUCUAGUUUGGCGACUAUAGUUGGCUCGUUUCUUUAACUAAUCAACCACUUUGUUUGGCCGUUAUGACAGACAGCUGAAAGCGCACUAAAGUUACGCUAGCUUUGCUACUUUAUUUGGCUGGUUUCUUUACUCUGUUUGGCCAGUAUGGCAGACGCUCAUCUUUUAGCCGUUACAAACCAACGCCAGUUAAUGUCAGUUAACUUCUCAGCCAUUAAAAGUCAGAGAACAUUCUGGAGUUUGACCAAAGAGAUGGAUUGUUCCACUUUUAACACACAGAAGUCUACUUUUGAAAUAACUAAUGUCAAACUAGCUUUUAAAAAGAUUAUAUUUCUAGUUUUUGUGUGUUCUGGUUCGCUGCGAAUGUAUCGUAAAAUUGGUAGGAAGCUACGUUAGCUAACUUCAACUUUACCGGCUUAUUAGCAAGUGAGUUAGCUGGAGAAGAAGCUAACCUGGUUUAGUCUUUCAUGUUGACUCUUUACUAUGUCAGUUAACAAAAUGUUCAAAAAUAUCAAUUCAUUGCCCUAGUUAACUGAAACUGGAUUUAAAAAAAACCCAAAACAUUAGUUUGGCUGAAAGCACAUUAAAAUUUUGCUAACUUGGCUACUUUAUUGGGCUAGUUCCUUUAACUUAACAACAACUCCGUUAGGCCGGUAUGACAGACAAUGUCAAUUAACGUCUGGCUGAAAGUGCACUAAAGUUACGCUAGCUUGGCUACUUCAUUCGGCUAGUUCCUUUUGUUAAUCAGCCACUCUGCUGUGGCAAAAUAAAAUCUGCAACCUCAGUCACUGUCAAUAACAAUGAGUUUUGGUUCAGUUCAUGAUAAUCGUGUUUUAUUCACCUACUUACAUUAUGUUCCCUCUUUUUUUCUUACUGUCUUUGUGAAUUGUGAGUUGGUCGUGACCUCGCAGGACUUCAUGAUAUGUUUCGGUUAUAAGCUUAUACCCAUGAAGUUCCCAAAAGCCAGUUCUACAGAAGUCUGGCCCUUAUCUUGUUGUAAUCAGUCUCAUGAAUCUUCACGCUAAAUACAAAACUUUUUAGAUUAUUAAUCAUUCCCAUAUAAGGCUGAGCCUCUGAAUUGGCGGUUUAAAGAGGAAGAGGCUCGGAAAAAGCAGAAAUAAGUGUGCUGUCACGAUAAUGCUCGCUGCCAGUGUCUUUAUCCCUUUAUUGAGUAGCUAAAGCCUUUUGAUGAAAGUAAAGGUAUUACACCGGAAAGUGCUUUUGAAACUAGAAGUAAAGGUGCGAGGCGGUUUCACAUGUGAAAUAUGCUCUUUGCAUUUCCUCUUUUUUUUACGAUGUGUGUCAGCCCGGGCAUGUGUUCCCUCUGGCUACGACAUGUCAUAAUCAUCUCCUCGUAUCUGAAUGAACAGACUUUUAGGGGUCUUUACAAGGAGUCAGCUCAUGUUGCAACUCUUUUUAACCCUCCUAAAAAAAGAGAAUAAUCAGAAAUCCCUGCAUGAUGUGUCACACAGUGUAUUUGGGGAUUUUCACCAUGGUAACAAGGAUCAACAGUAUCAGCCUCAAACGCCUGGAGUUAAUUUGGGGUCCAAACUCUGAGAUCAGGGAACACACCACCCCUGUCAUGUACUGACUUUUACCCAACUGAGUUUUUUUCCUACUUCCUGUUACCAGUUGGUACACACUUCCUCUUCCUGCCUCUUUCUUCAUUGUGUCUGUUGCUUGCUUCCUCUUUUGUUUCUUAAGUUGGUCAUCGCCUUCCCUUCUCGUGCCCCUUUUCCGUCACCUCCCGUCUACCCCUUGUUUUCUUGUUGUUCAGUUUGGUUCCAACGUUGUAAAACAAGCGUUAAGCGAUGACAUUUGCAUACACGCUUAAGUUAAGUUUGAACUCAAUUGGCCGUGUCUUUGGCUGGAGCUGUUACCACACAACAGGAAAUGGAAACUACACGUAGUCAGUGUUGAUUUGGAGCUAAAAUAAAAAUAUGGUCUUUAAUCAGCCUGUCAAAUCUCAGAUAAGCAUUAGCCUAAAUAUUUGUGACUAACAGUUUAUCUCACUUGUUAGCUUAGAGACCAAAGUCCCUGAAUUAGUCCCUGCUGUUUCUCCAAAAUGACUUCUUAGCAUCAUUAGCUUCCCUUAUUGAAACUAAUUGGCAUGAUAAGCAGCAACCUUGCCACUAAUCUCUGUCUCAUGGUUUCGAUGUGCAAUUCAAUUACUCACUUCAAGAGGAUUUCAAAGGAAAGCGAAGCCCGGGGGCUAACUUUCGAAGGGUAACUGCUAUUUAAAAUCUCUGUCACCAAGUUUUUUUUUAACUUAUUUAUUAAGUAAAGCUUUGUUCAGUGCACACGCUUCCCCCUUUUCCCCCUCUUUGGCUGUCACUUCACUUUAUUUAAAAAACAGAUAAUUUGUAGUUGGUGUUUUCUUGCAGAUUGUUUUCCAGAGAUACAGAAAUUCUCAGUUUUCCAUCCAAUCCGUGCACAAUUUACGUGAAAUUCCAGUUUUCUUCUUAACCAGAUCGGACAUUUGUUGUUGUUUCCUUGUAUCCGUAUACUUGUGCUGGGUCUUGAUAAAAACUUAUAUUAAAGUCACUUUCAGCUCCGUAGUUUGGCAGUGUGCUUUCUUUAUCAAAGUCCAUUGGUAGUCAUGAAAAGGCCAGGAUUCGUUCCACUGUUUACGAGUGUCAAAGUGAUUUUCCGGCACAUUAUGUGGAAGAUUAGUCCCCAUUCCCAGCCUCAAGGUGGGAAACUUGCAUAUCUGAUUGUGUAUUAUUACUGUGUCCAGAACCAGGAGGGAGAUCAGCUCAUCACUGAGGAUUUACAUCUAAAUUUACUGACACAAUCGAAAUGCUAGUACAAGUAAAGAGAUUGUGUUUUGGAGGCACUGCUGGUUAAAUAACCGUCUAUUUUACGUCAUGUCAGCACGCUAACGUCACAAAGUUUAAAUACUGUACAUGCUGUACAGUACUCCAGUAAACAAGGUCACGCCUCAAACUGUAACACCUGAGUCUGAGCUCCAUCAUUAUCAGACUCCUGCAGGAUGAGACAUCAAACAUGUGUACCAGUGUAUAAAUCAACAAACGGUGAAUUUUACCAUCGCAUCCGUGAUUCUUUAAAGAUAAAUCUCAACCAGGGCUAAGGUUAGCUGCAUCCUGAUGUCAGCUGAUGUAUACUGAACCCUGAUUUGGUCCAGAAUAUGUACUCUUUUUUUCCCUGUUCUGGUCAAAUCUGGUCCUGGAGUGAAGAUCUUUUCAUGUUUUGGAUCUGGAUCUGAAAAUGCAAAGGUCCAACUUCUUCUCCUUUCGCUCCAGACGCCAGAACUCAGCGAGUAUUUAUCAGUACCAGCUCCCUCCUUUUCCUCCUGAAUGAGUUUGACCCCACAGCGUGGAACUCAUGGGGGAUUUGUUAUGUAACGUAACACGAAGCCGGGGAUUUCUACGGCACCAGGAUCUGAGUUGGAGAUUCAAGUCCUGAUUGACACAUGAUCCCUGAACCAGGAGAGGAUCCGCCCGCUUCAUUUAUGGAAUGAGUCAUUUGUAUGAUGGCGCUUUAAUGUGUGAAAGAGACACAUAUGCUAAUGAGAUAAGAGUCGCCGUGGGACGCCAUCGCGGACAGAAGAAGCCUCUUGAUUUGAUCGUCUCUCGUUGGGACGUCCUCCGAGUGUUUGCAGAAGAGAAGUUCAGGGAAACAUACGCUCAUUCUCUUUUUCUUUAAAUGGAUUUUACUCGUAAUCGAAUCAAACUCAGUCCUGCAUGAUCAGAUUUAUUCCAAUAUGUCUUUGUCAGAGUUUUGCAUUGAGGUUAGUCGACUCCUGCACAUGCUCACUGUGGCCUUUUUUCUCUCCUCCUGUGUGUGUGUGUGUGUGUGUUCAUAUAUUUUGGGAUGAAUGUAAAUCCAUCUGGAUGAUUGGUGCAUUUGUUCACUUUACUUUAACUUGUGUUCAUGGAUCUCAUUUUUUCAUCAUUUCCUCUUCAUGACAUAUUUGCAUACUUUUAUUUGGGCAUUAUCCGGUGUGUGUGGGUACAUUUAUGUGCGUGUGUGUGUGUGUGUGAACAAAGGAGAGGUCCGAGGCAGAAGGGGGGAUGACAUGCAUGUGCCCGGCCUGCUAACAUCGCUGACGACUCACACACUAACCGACUGCCCGCCCUCUCGACAUGACCGACGUCCUGGUAAACCAGCCGCUUCUUUCUCCUCUCCUUUCUCUUUCUUCCAAACUUUUCCUGGUGUUUAAUUUCUCUUUUUGUAGCUAAAGCGUGAAUCUACUGCAAGAAGAAACAUCUGUAAGGAAGAGUAAGAGUUGAGUUAAGAAAGGGGGCAAUCCAGAGAUUCAUAAAAUCUGUGCAAACGGGGGCAAAGGCAAACUAAUUUUAGAUGCUUGUGAUCUUCAGGCCCUCAGGCAGAGUGGAACUAAAAACAGGCGUGCCUCUGUAGUGGAAAUCUCAGCAUGAACUCAGAAUCACUUUGAGUUAACACAGUUUGUCACUGCAUCCUUAGUCGCAGAUUAAAACUGUAUCAGGAAACAAAGACACUAUAGAGGAAUAUAAUUCAGAAACCUCUUUUGGUCCAAUCCCAAUCCCAGCACCGCCUUCAUGACCAAAUCGAGUGAACUUUCAAACUCUUUCUGAGCAGGAAGUUGAGAGGAUUUUGUACCUUUUUGAGAUGAUAACACUCAGUCCGUUUACAUGACACUCGAGAAAACCGAAUUAUCGCCUUACUCCGAUUAAGACCGGACAACUGAAGUGCAUGUAAACACCUCAGUCCGACUAUAGACGCACAACCAUGGGGCAAAAGCCUGCUUCAGAGUGAACUUCUAUCAGUAAAGAUGCUCUAUUGUUUGCAAGUUCUCCCUGAAACAACUGCAAUAAAAUGUCAUUUCAUUGAAAAAUCACUUUGUCUUUGCUGAAAUGUCUGUGAAUUUCACUCACUUUACCAGGUUACGAUGUUGUUUUAGAUGUUUCUAAAACAGGAGCAGAGUCGUCAUGUUUGCCGAUUGUUUGUUUUGCAGAAUCUUAAAGUUUACAGCACAACAGCUCUUUGUCUUUUUCUUUCUCCGUUGACUCCCUUGACGAAUAAGAAAUGUCCCACUUUCUGCCCCCUGGCUGCGCACGCAUACUAGAGCAUGACACGGGAGCAGAUUUUCACUCCUGUCCCGUCCCACUCCCAGAGAAAAAAUCCCGUCCCGUCCCAAUCCCGUAGAAUGACUCCCACUCCCAUCCCGCUCCCGUUUGAAUAAAACCAAACAUGUUGUUGUUGUUGACGGUUGUAUGGGGUCGGAAACAGCGCCGCUGAAAAGACCUAUAUCACCCCCUAGUGUUGGGGAGGAGGACAGGUUCACGUCAAUAAUCCGAUUUUCUCAGCUGCGUGUAAAUGAGGACAAGGAGAGAAGGGCUAAGCUUAGUCCGAAUAAACUGUGCAUGUUAACGCACUAACUGACUGUUUCUGUGAAUUUCUGGUCUGUAUUCGACUGUUCCGAGCGAUUCUGGACACAGGUUCAUGAUGACGGCUCAGUUUUAGUCCCAACAAGACGGUAAAUAACUUUCCACCUAUCGAAAUAAUUCUUUGUUGCAGCCCCAGUUACAAAAUUCAGUUUCGUGGGUCCUUCAAAGUUGUGUUGUGAUGUUUUGCUGUCAGCUGAAGCAUUAAGAUGAAUCCUCUCAGAGUCCUGGAUAAUGUGAACUCUCUCAGCACCUCUGCAGACAGACCGCAUCCGUCUUUUUAACUCUUCUCACCAUCAGUGAGCGAAAGAAAGAAGGAAAGAGGCUCUGCGAGGCGGAGAAAAAGGUGUUGUUGAGUGAUGCAUGCAUGCCUGGAACAUCUCUGCAGCAGCUUUUCACAGUUUGAUGCUGUUGUGAA